GCACUUCCCUAUCGUCUGUUGUCUGCAAAAAGCAAAACGCGACAUCUUUACAUAAGUAUCUCUCUGCACUUCCCUAUCGCUUGUUGUCUGCAAAAAGCAAAACGCGACAUCUAUAUCUGCACUUCCCUAUCGUCAUCGUCUGUUGUCUGCAAAAAGCAAAACGCGACGUCUUUAGCUGCACUUCCUUAUCGUCUGUUGUCUGCAAAAAGCAAAACGCGACGUCUUUAGCUGCACUUCCUUAUCGUCUGUUGUCUGCAAAAAGCAAAACGCGACGUCUUUAUCUGCACUUCUUCCCUAUCGUCUGUUGUCUGCAAAAAGCAAAACGCGAUAUCUUUAUCUGCACUUCUUCCCGAUCGUCUGGUGUCUGCAAAAAGCAAAACGCGACGUCUUUAUCUGCACUUCCUUAUCGUCUGUUGUCUGCAAAAAGCAAAACGCGACGUCUUUAUCUGCCUUGGAUAGUUCUGAUAGUUGCGAAGCAUAAGCUUCUGUCAUCACCAUUCGUGAUCACUCUCCUCCUCGCGCACAAGAAUUUACGUGUCAGAGAUAGAGAUGCUAUCGCGCCAUUCUGUCGUCACACGAGAUUUUAGCUUUCUCUGUUCUCUUCAUAUUCUGUUGUUCGUUGAAUUCUUAAGACUCAGUGUGCUGGAGAGUAAAAAAAUCAGGGUUCUUUUAAUGCUGUAGCGAUUGCAUGUCGCGCUCGCGCUUCUUCAUAUAACCGGAAUGAAUCUAAGAUCACGAUUAGCAAUCUGACCAGCAUGAUCAUCUGCAAAUUUGAUUGUUGAUGAGCGUCAUGAUUUUAACCGCGCAGAAAGACCUCCCUUCCCGCCGUUCUUGUCCCCGCUCUUCGCCUAGUAUACUCUAGUGAUUUCUCUUGCAGAAGGCCGUUGUUUAUUGUCGUUAGUACUGCUGCACCGCAUCCGCAGCAGCUAAAAAAGUAGGAGCUGAAAAGUAGCAUGAGCCCCUUCAUCUAGAAGUUGAAGUACUUCGAGCAAUAUUCUGUCUUUGUUUUUUGGAUCUUAUUUCAAACAAUUUGUCGUUGGCAUAAUUUCCUUUACCGACGCUGGCGCCUGUUGAAUUUUGAGUGACGUACGUAAGUAAGCGUCUUCUUAGGUAUAUUGAUUUUGAUUACUUACUUUAUAUUGUUAUGCGCAAGAUCAUCAUGAGACGACGUUUUGAGUGCGAUCCAAACAGGCAAAUCGCAAGGGACGAGCCUAUACUGGAGUUGGGUCGUGUGUCGUACCAGGACCUUGUUCCUGAUCAUCAUUUCUACCGAGUGAGCGAAGUCAGCGCAAGCCUGUGUCUCGCGUCGCGGGUGAUGGUGAAAGGAGAUGGAAAAGGAGGUUGCGGUCUGCGUUCGCUUGUCGACUUGAUUCGAGGUAGAGUGGAGCCAACGAGUGGCACGAUCUUUCGGCAUCCCCAGCUUCGGAUUGCUGAGAUUAGCUACGACGCUUCUCUGAUUUUAGAUUAAGGCUCAACUUUCAAUGGUCAUUGGGGUUGGUCGCUGAGAUCGAGGAGGCGACCUCCCCUUGAGGAAAGAUGGGGGGAAAACGAAGGGAAAGAAGGGGGGCUCUUCCGUUCAGCAUCAUGAUGACCAUUGAAUGCUGAGCUUUAAUUAGAGGAACACAAAGAAAAGACAGCAGCUCAAUUUCUCGCAUGGCGAUUUCCGGAAGGGCGGUCCACCUCUACUCUGCUACAGCCACAACCUCCAGUACCAGACGGUGGAGGUCAGGGUCUUCACGACCAUGCAGCUAAUUGUGCGUCGCCUUCUUCAUCCUCGUCUGCUUCUGCACAGCCUCAGCUUCUACUUCUUCAAGAUGAAAAUCUCGUUGAUGGACGAGGAGCUGCUUCGAGUCCUAGCAGUGGAAGACAUCAUCAUCAAAGACAUGAAGAAGAACAAGUGAGACAAGUUCUUGACGAGAAGGACAAAAUCAUGGUGUUCGACCGUGCAAUUGCCGAAGAGUGCUGGAGUGCACGAUAUAGCCAGGAGGAACAAACGGAGCAUGAAAAAGCACGUAAAGUUCGUGGCUAUGCUGCACAGGAAGAGAUUGAGGAGUGGAUAAAAAAUCAUCCGACAGCACUGAUAUCAUCUACAAACAUUAAUAGUCCCCCCUGUAAGAUGUGUGAGAAGAAAAAUAGACAGCAGAAGAAUCAAAAGAGGAAAUUUGGUCCGGGCGAGACGAUUAGCGUCCGUCACGCGCCGCAUAAGAAAAACAUAUUCGGACCGGGAGAGGAGAUCUCUAAUACUCGAAUGCUAUUGGGGUCGGACACGGCAGUGCGCUUCGUUCUCAGCGAAGACAAAACUGAGGUGCUUGUUGAGGAAACGGGGAAGGAUAAAAAGCACACCUACUUUUGCGUCGACCAUGGCGCGCACGAUAAAAAGGCGAGACCAGCGAUUCCCGUGGAACCAUUGUUCUUCAUGCGACGGCGAAAAGUUGAAAGCCGUGAAGCAGUCCACAAAAAUCUUCAUUUGAAGUCACCGGAUGAACAACAUCCUAGUAAGAUACCUGAAAAAUACGAAGGGACCACAAACACAAUAGGGAAUUAUGUUGAAUAUGAUACUGCCUCGGAUGAUGAAGAAGAUGAAAGUCAAAGCUAUGAGCGCAGUACUUACGAAUACUUGGUGUACUGGGAAGUGUGGAACUUGUCGGAAGAAGUCAGGCGGCUUUUUCCUAAGGCAUUUGCUACACCAAGGUCUCAGCAGCCUCCAAGAACUGACAGGAGCGUGAGUGACGCCGCUGUCUCGACGAAGGUGAACACCAGCACACCUAGGGGAACCAACAAGAACAAUGCUGCGAAUAGAGAAAAUGCGACAGCAGAGAGCGACCACCUGUCGUCAUCGCGCAGUUUGCCCGCGACGUGGGUUAAACGCGAGACACUGUUGGAGAUGGGUUACGAAGCUAUGGUGCUGCGAGAAGAUAGUGUGUUCACUUACAUGAUUGGAAGAUACCACAAGCACAAGAACAAUAAAUUAUCCCACACCAACAAGUCCCAAAAUUUUCAAAGUGAACCACAACUCCCACAACCACAACCACACGCACAACUACUUCACACUGAGAUAGUAGAAGAGAUAUUACUGCCAGACCGCGAUCCUGAUAUUAUCUCCCAUCUCCGGCAGUUCCCUUUACUAGCCGCAGAGGAGUGCACUAGUCUGAGAAUAGAGGAAUUAACCCGAGACGAGCAGUCUUUAGUUCUCCUUGCUGUAGCAACUUUCUCACGGCCGCAUCUACUCGUGAUAAGCGAUCUUGACUACGUCGUGUCCUCAUUUAAAAUGCGCAUGGCAUUGAUUGACGCGUUACUCGAAUUUCCCGGUGGCGUCUUGCUGCAGUGUCACAACAUGGAGCUGGCGAGCGCCAUAGCAACCGAAGUGUGGACUAUGGGACAUGGACGUAUUACAACUAUGGAAGGUGAAUUAGUAGAUCGCGAUGGAACGGUUUACGGUGCAUGGAGCAACGACACAACACUCGACGUGGCGGGAAAUGUCACGUACAUCGGAUAAAGAUGAGGAGAAGGAGGUCGUGCUCUUCCUCUUGUUCCUUUUUU